ACCAGUCCCUCUCUUCUGUCUGCGGAAACUCCAAUCGAUCUCGUACCCAGAGUUUUCUUGUUUUCUUCUAAAAUAGAUCAAUUUCUUUCUUCUGUUGACGAUUACAGCAGCAUUUCUUCAAGGAGGGACGUUUGGACAAGGUUUUGCUUUAAUAUUUUCGAGGCGAUUAGAUGUAAAAAUAGAGAUCUGCAGUAGCAGGGUAACAUCAAAUUGUUCCAAAAUGGUGGAUGUGUUACUCUGCUCAACUUAUGAAGAUCAAAAGCGCGACUUUGUGUUUGACUUCAAAGAUAGUGGAAAGAUUCAAAGACUUACUGUACCAAUACCAAUUCCUAUGAAAGUUACUGCAAAGGAAUUUGUCCAAAGAUUGAUCCAUUUUCACAACCUGCCUUGCUACCUUGAAUCAGGUGAGGGGUACUGGGGAAGGGUCGGGGUGGGGGGGCGGGGAGUGGGGGUGGGGUUAUAGUCGGGGAAUGAGAGGGUGUUUCCAGCUGAAAAAGCAGGGGUAUAUUUCAUAUCUUUCGACUACAGGGUGAGUAACUGUAAAGAGUCAUAUGCUCCAUUUAUAGUUAACUCAGAAUUAAUAGAGCUAACCAUGGACCUUGCCUAAACAGUCCCAGUAGUAGAGACUUUUAGAUUCUAAGAUGAGAACAAGUACAAGUAUGUGAUUUUCUUAAUUCUAAGAAGUGCUUGUGCAUGAACCAGUGUCAUUUUGCCGGAAAAAUGUGCAGGGCUGUCAACCCCCGACAUCUUCAAAUAUUGAGAAGCGAUAGGGAAGGGAUGAUAGAUGACAUCAUAUCGCAUGGUAUAUGAUGUUAUUCGUCCAAAAAAUACUUGUUGACCUGAUCGUCAGGAAUUUGUGAUGUUUCACAUUAUUGUAUACGUUGCAAAGGCAUAAUAUACCAUACCAAAGUUCACGAGGACACGUUCGAUGUUAACAGUAAAAUAGCUCAAACAACGCAAAGUUUAUUGUCAGAAAGUCAGUGAAUAUCCGGGAGAUUUCAUACUCUAAUCUGGAGACCAGGAGAUACGGUCCAAAAAACUGGAGUCUCCCGCCGGGAGAGUUGAAAGCACUGAAUGUGAUAGCCAUCAUCACUCGUUACCGGGACUUCCAAGAAACACGCCUCAGGAGUUUAUACAACUCCGCCCCAGUUGUGCAAAGGCUCAUUUGUCUUUGUGAUUGGAAACAAUGGUUUUCAACUUUGACUCAUUAUUUUUUACAAGAUUAUUCUUAGAUCUCACCAUAGCAAUUUGUAAUAAGAUCACAUCCAUCUAUCAUAUAGUGUUCCUCAGUUACUUGUAGGUUCAUGAAAUAAACAAGUAUAUGAUUAUCUAUAUGGCAUUGGUUUUUAUUGUGGUGUUAACAUACAGGGGGUAUGUAUGUUUCCUAACAUGUCUAGUCUAGUAAGAGAAUGUAUUUGCUAAUAACCCCCUUGCGAAAACUGGCCAACUGGAAUUCUUUUGUUUCAUUGUCUUCUAGAACUGACAAAAACUUUGGAUGAGUUUCACAAGUCAUCUUAUCAAGAACUCCAUGACAAAAUGGCAUGUACAGCUCUUGAACAAAUGAAACAGUCGUCGCAGAAUGCAAGUGAUUAUGUGACAUCAUGGACAAAUGUCUUCACUCAGGAGCACGGCAGCUACAGUUCUGUUAGUGAUAAGAGUGAGGAGACUGUAUUCUCCGAGAUGUACAAGUCUUUGAUUCAUUCAUCUGCCCUUGAAACUCUUUUGCAGCUUGAGAACCAUUAUGCUUUGGCAAUGGAUGAUGCUGUCACAAAAAAGGAGAGUGCAAUAAAAGCCAUGGAAGAAAAGUAUGUUUCAUGCUUCCCAAAAACUGAAAACCAAGUCGAUUGCAAAUCUUGGUUGUAUUCCAUAAAAAGUACUCUUUAAUCAAAUCUUAUCUUUGUAAGGCAAUUUGGUGGGGAAAAUUUAAUAGCAAAAAUUGUCAAAUCAUUCCCAAAGUUAUUGGCAAUAAAAUUAUUUGUCACUUAAAGAAAUUACAGGGUUAAUUUCAUAAGAGAAUAUUAUUUUAAUAACAGUUAAAUAUGUUUGUUUCGUAAUGUAGCGAAAUCUGGUUACUGUGCAUUAACAUGGAACAUGUAAUUUUACUUCUAGAAUAAUUCAUUUCAUUACUAUAGCUGACACGUGUUUUUGCUACUCUUUCAAUUAAGGCAACAACAAGAAAUGGAAGACUCCAUUAACAACCUUGGCCUUGUCACUACCGACAAAGACGUCAAUGAUCUGGCAGCCAGACACUGUGAAGAUGCACAAGUUAGUCAGAUUUUUGUUACGAACUCUGUUGAGAUCUCCUUGGUCAGAGUUCUUCCUCGCAGACACCCACCCUCUCUUAAUAUAAAUUUUAUAUACCUAAGUAAACAGUUUUAUUUUUAUUUUCCUUCAUGCCAACUGAAUCAAGAGAUAUUUUUAUCUGUGUCAAGAGCCUAAAGUUAGCGCGAAGAUUUUUAAUGUACAUAAUUUCAUGGAAGAUACUUUUUCAUAGAUGCUGGAGACGUACUGGUCCAGUGAGCUGUCACAACUUCAGGAGCUACAGAAAAGAGAGUAUCGAGAAUGGGUGACAAAAGUUCAUGAAGACAUGGUUCGUGUCACCUCAGGUUUGCCACUUCUCUUUAUGGUUAAUUUUAUUAUCAUCUGCACUUAUUUCAUGGUUAUAAAGGUGAAAGAAACUCUUAGUUUCUCAAACCAGAGCCUGCCAGAACUCUGCCUUUUUCAAAUAGCUAACUUUCCCAGGGAUUUGACGGUUAUAAGUUUCUGUUUCCCAAAGAUGUUAUGUGCUCAAGCAGAAAAUGAUAAUGACAAUGAUGAUUGUCAUUAUCAAAAUGUUUAAUAUAAUAAACUUAUGAUUACUUUUCACAGAUCCAUCAUCAACCUCUGAUUCAUUUACAAUUGGCAAGUGAGUAUUUUUUGCAUCAAAUGUGGAAUCAAGUCAACAGACACUCUCACAUUGUUCCCUAAGUACCCAUGCACACUUGAGCAGGCAUUGAGAUCAGGCAAUUAUGUGACAAAAAUGAUGUUGUCACAUAGCAAAUGAAUGUGAUUGCUGAAAUUUAAUUUUGAAAUCAUAUAAUCAAUUAAAUUAGGUUUCAGAGUGAGAGUUAGCGAACAUUAUGGGCCCAUUUCCUCCUCAUCAAUCCUCGAAAGUUUCAAAUCAUCCCUUAGGGAAUUUUACUGGAGUCACCAGUUCCAGUCUGGUUUAAGAGGGGUACAAAAAGGUGGUCUAUAUCUAGUGACAACAGUUGUCUCUCAACUGAGACAGGGAGUGAUAUAAGCUGUCAGAAAUUUGGAACAAUCUUUUGAGGUCAAAAGAAAGCUCUGUUUUAACCCACAAAAAAUGGUAUGGAUUAAAUUUAUACAGGAGUCGCAGUCCAUCUGUGCAGAGCAUACCAGUGAAUGAAUUUUCAAGCACUGAACAUGAAUUUAGGCUUGAGGAAAGUUUUACUGUUCUNAACAAUCUUUUGAGGUCAAAAGAAAGCUCUGUUUUAACCCACAAAAAAUGGUAUGGAUUAAAUUUAUACAGGAGUCGCAGUCCAUCUGUGCAGAGCAUACCAGUGAAUGAAUUUUCAAGCACUGAACAUGAAUUUAGGCUUGAGGAAAGUUUUACUGUUCUUCUUGGUAAGUACAAUAUAGGCCUCUAAAGUUGAACCUUGGUUAUCUGGACUUUUAGAUUAUCCGGACUUGUUUCCCUGGUACCAUUUUUUUCAUAAAUAUUAAUGAGAUGUGAUCUUCAAAAAUUGAAACGAUUAAAUGUUCAUUAAUCCUUCCCAAACGUGUUUGAAAUAGUGUUUUAAUCUGUUUCGAACAUGAACACUUGAAACAGUAAGUUUUUUUUGUUGUAAAUACAUUUUACUUAAAGACCGUAUAUAAUGCAAGAAGGAGCUACUUCAUAAUAAAUUUUUGUUAUUCCCUAUGUUGACAUUAUUGUCUCAAUAAUAUUCAUAUUUUCGAAUAUCUGGACUCUUGAUUAUGCAGACUAUUUAAGAGUGCAAUUUUUGCAACCCGUUAGACCACACACCAAAAACAUACUAUUAUAUCUAACCACCACAUGAUAUCUGUUUCUAUUGCAGGAGCCCAAAAGAAAACAACACACAAUCUUCGCUUGAUCUGCGGCAAUGUUCUUGACCUUUGCAAGCACAAGACAAGGCCUGGAGGGUAAAAACCUCUCAAUAACCAUGAUUCUCUAUAGUUGUUGUUUGCAAUGAAAACUCAGAUUUUAACUUUUAUUUAUAAUAAUAGGAAAAUAGAAGAAAAAUAGAACCAAAAGAAAUCCCUAGCUGUUUGAUUUCCUGCCUAUCUUGUUGUAUUUAUCUGGCAACUUGAAAUCUCAGUGACAUCCCUAAGCUUGUUUAAGGCUUUUUAUUGAUUAUUGUUGCUGCCUGCUGUGAUUAACUUGUGCCAUUUGUUGGUAGUGUCAAUCAAGUCAGGUUUUUCUAAUUUAUGGUAUUUUAGCAAACUGUAAACUUACCUUUGUUUAACUAGUAGUUAGCUAUAGUAUGUCAAUUUCAGUUUGUAAACUGCUCAGAUGUUAUUGUUAACAUAGUUGUUUGUUGUUGAAAUCAAGGAUAAAAGUGAACAGAAAAUAAAUUAGUGCUUUUUUAUUUAGAUCAGUGUUGUCACAGCCUCACAGAAUACAGACAGCUUUGUCACUCUACUCCGAAACACUGUCAGGAUUAGUUCUGUUGGUGGAGGAUCGCAUUAACACAUACUCAGGAAUUAUGAAACGUAAGAUAAAUCAACAUGGUUCUUACGUUUUACGUAUAUGUUGCAGUUAAUUUUCUAUCUCAGGUAAUUUUUAUAUGUGUUAUUACAAGCGUAUAAUAAGCAUCCGAAACAAUUAAAUGUCCAAGGUCCAAAAUUCCCAUAUUUAGACAGUAAAUAAAAAAAGACAUUAUUAACAACGUUUUCUUUUUCUGUGGUGGCAGUAGCAUGACUGCCAAUUGACGAUCAUGUAUAUGAAUAAAUGGCUUUACCUCAAGAUGCUUUCAAACCCUAAAGGCACAUUAUCCUCACCAUAAAGUGAAUGCAAGGCUUAAUUGUUGCUUUUUCAGAUUUUUCUAAGAUCUGUCAGCAAUCUGGAACAGAAUUUCAUUUUCCUGAUCUUGACAAACAGCUUUGUAUCAUUCAACAAAAUUUUGAAAAGAGAGAGCGCACAAAAUCCACAUCCAGCAACCAACCGCAACAACAACAACCUGCAGCUGAUGUGGCUCUACGACCAAUAACUCUCAAUACAGGUUAGUUUAGUUCACAAUGAGUUGCCUAACGUCAGCCCUAACCUGUGAUAAGACCCCAUGUUUACUAACUUUCUUACAUUCUCUUUGUUAAUUGCCUUUACCAAACAAAAAUAGAACCUUAUGUUAGGCUAACUCAGCCCCAGACCUUGAAGUGCUAUAGACCGUGUUGGUCAGGAGCCAGGAGCCCAAAGGCUGCUUAUUCAGUCUCAUUCUAAAAGCAUAAUAGCAUGGAAGUGUACCCCUUGUUUGUGGAAACCAGAUCAUGAUAUCUUGUUUAUUUUUUGAUUGUUUCAUGAUUAUAAAAUGUUCAUCAUUGUCAUAUCUAGGAGAAAUUUAUAUCACACGACACUCAAACCUGGCUGAAGUACAUGUGGUUUUUCACCUGGUGGUUGAUGAUAGUGUGAAAGCAUCCAACAUCAGCACCAGGAAUCCUGUGAUUGUGGGUUUACGGAAUGCAUUACACACGGCUGUCAGACACAGUAUCACCACUAUUACUAUUCCACUACUAUUAUUUCAUGAGAUGACUGAGGUUAGUUUGCCUGUGCAUAUAUUUUCUCACACCUAAUUCACAUGUUCACAUAGACCAUAAUGGAUCUUGUUGGUUUACCCCCCCAAAUUUUGCAUAACUAUUGUUAAUAAUUUCUCCUGGGCAUUACAACCAUUCCAAGAGAAAUAGAAGACAAUGGUUAUACAAAAUUUGGAGGGGGUGCAUUGUGGUCUACCUGACCAUAACGUACGCCACCCAAAUUUUUUUACGCGAUGCACCAACUAUAAGCAACUAAGCCUAAGUUUUAUCAUUUCAUUAUGUUAGAUUAAAAUACUUGGUUGGUCCCGCUAGAAAUAGUUCUCUCUUUUGCCAUAUAAUAAGUCCUUUGUUGACUAAGCUCGCUGUUUGUUAUAUUGCUGAAUCCACGAGCAGGCAAGAUGAAGUGAAUUCCGCAUUCUGAUUGGCUACCCGAGGGCGCAAGAUGGGCCCACCUUGCCUUCUCGGGAUUUCCCACUUUUUUCCCCCAAGAAAAGGUGCUGUGUUUUGGGCAUUAAAUAAAUCCUCUAUCGACCAAGCUUGUUCAGUCAAGAUGGCUGUAUAUUGGCCUCUUUGAAUAACGCAUUAUGUAUAUUCAUUUUAGGCUACGUUUACACCUAAGGAGACAACUCCAGAACAGUUUUGUACCCGAAUCAUUUUGCCGUUCACACGCAAAUUCGUAAAUCCGAAAUAUAGACCUCCCGGUUUGGUUGCUUGUCUGGAAACUGGAAUCUUAAGUGAUUAUUUUUCAUCUGAAUGAAUGUACAUGUAAAACCUUGCCAUACUUUGCUCUAGUGUUGUGUUUUUGUGACUUCCUUUUUUACCCAACUGGAACACAUUUUCACAUGGUUACACAAUGUAAGUAUUAAAGAAGAUAAAUUUGUUUUUUUUCUCUCAGGAGAUGACUGUGUCCUGGUGUAUGAAAAGGGCAGAGCUGAUAUUGAAAUGCGUCAAAGGUAACGACAAGCCACUAGAAUGUAAAAGUGAACAGAAAAUUUGGAACGUACAUCACAUAGUAACGAUCAUUUCGCCAGUUUUGAAGCGAGAAGGAAACUAGGUCAAGUUCACUUUCGCAAAGACUUCUGGAACUGUUGCUGGUGACCGGAAAAAAAUUGGCCAAUAGGUGACUGGCAGGUCUCAAGUGACGAUCCCAAAAGUCUUUGCGAAAGUUAACUCAGUCCAGUUUCCUUUUGGUUACUACAAGUGCCAAAUUGUAAGCAUCAAGAGAGAAUAACAUAUAUUAAAGGGUGGUUUUGAUUCGUUUGAAUAGGCCGAAAAGGUUGAACUUGAUCUGACACAGUGAAGAAAGAUAAAGGAAGAUGGCGAAUUUUAAGCCCAGUAGUGAAUGAAAAAGGCGUAAUAAACUUCCAUGUUAGGUGCAUGCCGAAACAAAGAAAAAACUUUUAGUCCUGACAGGAUUUGAAUCUGUGAGCUCCCAAACACCUGGUGGGAGCUUUAUUCGCACCGAUGUGCCCGCGAUGAAACGCCCUAAAUUGCCUUUUGACCAGGAACGUUCCCUUUAAAAGGUUAUCGUCGUGGAACUGAUUAUAUUAAAGGUGGCGGUAUUAGUUAAAGUCUCGUCAAGCUGCUCUAGUUAAAAUAACAUUUCUGAUAUCAUUUUACAUAGCACUACUGAAAUGUUUGAAAUCAGGUCCAUGCUAGCGCCUUUAAUUAAGUUCUCUAGUUCUGAAUAGGUGAAUGGUUAUUCCAACUAGGGGUUGUUGAAUGUGUUCUUUGUAUAUGUUACUACUGAUGCAGGUAUUAUGAUGGAGUGUAGCAAUUGGAGUGGAUCAGAGUCACUUAACUUGCAGUUCAUGGUACCUAAGGUUGGUACCCUAUAAAUUGGCAGAACUUAUGUUUGCCUAAUAGGGCACUUAAUAUUAGUCAGAACUGGCUGGCCAGACCUGUCCAGUCAUAUUGGUCUUUUCGCCCGAAAGUCCAUUCACCCGAUGGUGUUCGUCAGGACUUGAGUCGAUUCGCCCAAUGACUUACAACACUCUACAGCAUGGUGAACAUAUUUCUCCGAGAUGUAAUUUUAGUUAACCUCGGAUUCGAUAUGUGCAGUCACUGUCUUUCCAUCCUAAUUCCUUUUUCUAAAGAAAAGUAGACAAAAACACUUCGGGGGAAUCGACCUGACACCAUAUGGAGAAUUCAUUGUAACUCAUGACUAUCCAACCAAAUCAGUCUAUUUCUAAACAGUUUGCACGGCAUUGACGGUUUUCUAUCGAAAACUCUCGUAAAGUGCCCAUCACAGUUUUCAAAAACAGUAUGGCUGGCCAAUUCUGGUAACCGCCCUCAGUGUCAACUUUAGGGUGUUAGUCUUGUUAUAAUUUUUGGGUCCUGUGCUUUUUUUUAGUUGUGAUUAUGAUUCACCGGAAAAGGUGAUUCUAACUUUCGUGUCUCUAGCUAACAGAAACUUUGUAAGAGAAAGCUUUUCAACAAUGGGCUCCUUCAAAACUUUGCAAUAUAAAAGUUUCCUGUGCUAUUGUAUUUGUUUCAGUCUUGGUUCACUUAUCGUUUGUGAGAUGAUGAAAUUGACGAGGGAGGAUUACUUUUUUUGUAAUUCAGUGAUAGCAAAGAUGUUUAACAACCAAAAGUCGGGGAUUCUUUUUCCUUGGGCAAGACAUGACAAGACCGGACAGGACAGGGGCCACAGGGGAUACAGGGGACACAGGGGAUGCAGGGGACACAGGGAAUACAGGGGCCACAGGGGACACAGGUUCCACACUAAAAGGGACACAGGAGACACACGGGUACAGGGGACACAGUGGCCACAGGUUCCACAGGGGACACAGGAAACACAGUGAAUGUUAAUAUCGCUGAGUAGAGCCGUAGAAGCAGCGUCCCAGGGAGCAUCCAUAAUUAUUCUAGUAGCGUGCUUCUGAAUGCGGAGCAUGGUAUUAGAAUGACCAAUGAAGCUGUAACCCCAUACGCAGGCAGCGUAAUCCAACACAGCCUGCACAAGAACAUUGUAGAACAUUACCCUUGCACUGGAAGUAAGAAAUCGUUUCGAACGCUUGAGAAGACCAAGUCUCUUGCAGAUUUUCUUACUGGUCUUUUCCCUUUCACUUUCAGGGUAUAUCCGAAGAAAUGUUUCACUCGUUCAGUCAAGUACUUUCCGGCAUCUUUCGUGUAUCCAACCCUUUAGACCUUACUUCAGCAGCCAACAGAUGACGUCACCUUUCGUGGUGGCAACUGCUGUAAGUCCAAACACAUGACUUGGCCACUGGACUACCAACUGGCCAGAGGAUUGACUUGUUAUGCAUUUACAUGGUAAUCAACUUACUUGCCAGUUGGUAUCAAAGAAUGCCAACUGUAUAACCUAAUACGCAACGACAAGACCUUGUGGCCAGGUUAAACAGCUGAAUGACAACUGGAUGUAUCAUGUGGUAAUGUUAUAGGAUCGCUACUCUCUUCGUGGUGAGAAGGGCGGGCUCAUUUCUCUGAAGAGCGGCUGGUGAUCGAGGUGAAUGAUGCCAUGCUCUAAGAACAUUUGAGGACAAAAAUAUACUAGUUAGCCGUCGUACGUAGUCUUCUUUUCCUUAAAAUUUUCUGAACACAGGCUAAUCAAACAUUUUUUUGUUCUGUCUUGUUUGUUUGUUGUUUUUAUGUAAGUUGGGUUGUAGGUUGUUUUUUUCCUGGUGACAAACACUCUAUAGACAACGUUAAAAAUUUAUAAAAACAUUGCUCACUAUGAAUGUCGUAAUAAUCAAGUAGAAAUGCAAUUCCAUUUAUAAAAUUUAAAGGGUUACCAUUCGACAAUAUAUUACGUUUUUUAUCGACUUUUAUGUUUCACAGUAUUUCUGUAUGUUGUGUUCACAUGUACAUUAUAGUCGUUGAAUAAAUACAUCUAGGUGAUUCUACGUUAUUCUAUUGAAAAUCAGCUCAUUUG